UGCAGUGGAGCUCUGUGAGACCCAGUAGACCCACACAGCGACCCACAGUCCAGAAAACCUCCACUACAAAGGUAUCACCGUCCAGAUGGGAGAGGCCCACAUCUGUCAGGCUUAAUUACAUCAUUACAGACGCCGAGGUGUUACGCUCGCUCCACGGGUUAAUCGACCUGACAGCGCUUUGCAAACAGGCGAUAAUCGCCGAGUCUUUACAGGUGAUGGCCGCGCAGAGAGUCUGACUGACGACAUGUAUAUUUAUAGGAGCUGAAACAUGACGACUCGAACACGUUGGUGGUAAAUAUGAAGAACGAUCCGUCACUGUGCUUGAUUAUUAAAGGGAUAUAAUCAUCAGUGCAAGGGUCAGAGCUCCAUCAUAUCAUAACACUUUACAGAUAUAUGGCGAUAUAACUCUUAUUUUUGCUGUAUUCGUGCGCGCUCACGCGCCUUCCUGUCAUUCAUUAUUUCCUCGGGAUCUUUUCUUCUUAAUCCCGAGGACCUCCCGCCUGCGCAUCAAUUACAUCUCCAUUGACUGGCCAUUAGGCAGAGGCAUUGACAUUCACGGGCCACCGUCUGCACCGAGGCCGAUGUGUAUUCCCCUCCGAACACAGGAGUCCGGCCUUACACCCGGAUUACAGUAUGUAUUGUGUUGCUCCGUGGCGGCGGGUCGCGAAUGGCUCUUUUGGAAGAAUAAAUGGAAAAAAAUAAAGCAUCUCUCAACAUUUUACCGAGGAGCCACGUUUACAUGCACGGAUUGCGCACGCGAGCGUUAAAAGUAAAAAAAAAAUGUCUGUUGGUGCCUUUACGUUUUGAUGGAGUUUACUCCACCUUGUGUUGCAGUUAAAUGUUUGAAUCAGCGUGGGAAGGUUUAUCUGUGGGGUGGGUUUUAUUUGUGUGUGUGGGGGGGGGGGGGCUCCUGAUAGGAUCUCUGAUAGGAUCUCUGAUGGUCUGAUCUCUUCUAUUGAUAUUCCAAUAUUUAGUCAAAUUCUUUCGUGAUUUUUUUUCAUGACUAUAUUUGACGACCAAAAAUUAAUUUCAUUUAUUUAUUUAACCAAAUAACUCAAAGCUAGGUUCAUAUCUCCAGAGACGUGAUAGUCGAAAGAAUUAACGAGUUGUAACACCCCUGGCCACACACACACACACACACACACACACACACACACACACACACACACACACACAGAGAGAGACAGAACUUUAUUAGAGUUCCAACUCUAAUAAACGUAUUUCGACAUAUUGACCACAUAUUGUGUUUUUUUGUGCAAAAUCGAAUUAAAUAUAUUGAUCAAGUGGUAUAAUAAUAAUUAUUUUUAUUGUAUCCCUAAACACUGCAUAUUUUAUCCCUAAACACUGCAUAUUUUGAAUUUGUCUUCACUUCAAAGGAAUCGACAUGAUUGCAUUUUUGGGGGCUUUUUCCCAUCUAUUUUUAGAACAGACGCAUUUAUUCAAACCUGUUUGAUACAUCACUUACGAGCAUAUUACCACUAUUAAGACCUCACGUCACCGCUCAACGUAUAUAUUAAAUAUGUAUAUAAAUCCACUCAGACACUGAAGGAUUACUGGACAUUCGUUCGUCCGGGUGGCCCCCGUUACAGCCGCCGGCCAAUAUACAGCACGCCAGGGGGCCACAUCGGCCUUUUUGCCGGGGCCCUUCCUGGUAUUCAAAUGUCAGGAGCGGGGCGGGACCCGCUGGCACCUUAUAAGAGGAGGACUUCCAGGUUCCUCUAGUCUACUGUAUUUGCGCGCUGCACCUCCGCCUGACACACGCUGCGUUCCGAGGGCCCCGGAGGACAUAGAGAAAAAAAAAAAAACGGGCCAGAAGAAGUCAACAUCUGCUGAGCCAUAACAAGAAUAAGGUUAUGAAACAAUGGACGACUGACAAAUAAGAAAUAUUGACUUUACUAUUCCCAGGAGCAGAACGUCACAUAUUUUCUCCCUCUUUCUUGGCAAAGGGGAGACAACUUUCUGCUUUUUCCUCUUUUUUUUUUUCAACAACUAACAACUUUGCGACGGAUUGUAUAUUUAUUUUUGAUCUUUUUUCAAACAAUCCGGUCAUAGAUCAGUCUUUCUCCUCCAAAGACUUGUGUUGGGGAUGUUGAGCUCCGUGAAGAUGGAAGCACAUGAUCUACCAGAGUGGAAUACUUUCUACAGCGAUGCCAGCGAGAUGUAUUCCUCUGCCAGCACCAUGAACUCAGGUCUAGGCUCCAUGGGCUCCAUGGGCAUCAACAGCUACAUCAACUUGAACCCGGCCACCGCCUCCCCUGCAGGCAUGAACAUGGCGUACCCAAGCUCCAGCCUCAGCAGCUCCCCCCUGGCCUCCAUGGGCUCCGGGCCCGGCCACAUGUCCCUCUCCCCGGUGGCCUCGUCCCUCGGCUCUGGCCCUCUGACCCAGCUGGGCCCCGCCGCUCCAGGUUCCCUGGGCUCCCUGACCCACUACCAGAACAUGGGCCAGUCCAUGAGCCAGCUAGGGUACUCCUCCACCGCGCCCCUGAGCCGCACAGGACCCAAGGAGAUGCCCCCGAAGCCCUACCGGCGCUCCCUGACCCACGCCAAGCCACCGUACUCCUACAUCUCCCUCAUCACCAUGGCGAUCCAGCAGAGCGGCAGCAAGAUGCUCACCCUGAACGAGAUCUACCAGUGGAUCAUGGAGCUGUUCCCCUACUACCGUGAGAACCAGCAGCGCUGGCAGAACUCCAUCCGCCACUCGCUCUCCUUCAACGACUGCUUCGUGAAGGUGGCGCGCUCGCCGGACAAGCCGGGCAAGGGCUCCUACUGGACCCUGCACCCGCAGUCCGGCAACAUGUUCGAGAACGGCUGCUACCUGAGGCGCCAGAAGCGCUUCAAGAUCGAGGAGAAGCUAGCGAAGAAGGCGGGCAAGAACCAGGAGGGGGGCUCGGGGAAAGGGGGCCACGGUGGCGAUCACCUGGUGGAGGACCACAGCCCCGCGGGAGGAUCGGAGGGAGCCGACUCCGCCCACUCGGACAACUCCCACCCAGGCUCCUCGGAUGACCAGCCUCAUCCCCGAAACUCUCUGGUUCCGAUGGACUGCCCUCCGCUGUCCUCCUCACACCUCCACAGCCCACCCGUCUCCCUGCCUCCGUCCUCCGUCUCGUCCUCCCUGUCCCUCUCGGCCGCCACCUCCUCCAGCCCGCUCCUCCACUCCCAGUCUUUAGUGGGCGGCACCCACCUCCUGCCCAGCGCCAUGCAGCAGCACAUGGACCUACAGAGCGACGCCCUCAAGUCCCUGGACCCCCACUACAACUUCAACCACCCCUUCUCCAUCACCAACCUCAUGUCCAACGAGCAGAAGAUGGACCUCAAGUCCUACCAGGACCAGGUGAUGGCCUACAACAGCUACGCCAGCGGCUCUCCCGUGGGGGCAAAGCAGAUCUACGACAGCCAGGGCCCGGCCACCAUGGACUCAGGCGCUUACUACCAAACUCUGUACAGCCGCUCGGUGCUCAACGCUUCCUAAUAUGGACACCCCCCCACGCCCCUAACCCCACACACACACACCUGUCUCUAAAGGCGAGCCAAGAUGGAGACUUCUUUUCUUCUCCUGCCUUUUCUAAAAUGGACACCCCAGCUCUCUUUAUCUUCCUCUUUCUCUCCCUCUCUGGCUCACGUCCAGAGGCCUCGGCAGAGACUCGCAUCUAAAAUGGCUGCCGUGUUUGAGGGACCAAAGGACAGUUUUUUUAGUUUUUGCUUUACCAACUCUGAAGAACCUGCGGACCGGUUGGUUACACGGAGGACUGAAAAAGUUUCAAUGAAGACGUCCGACUGGUGUGUGUGUGUGAGUCAAUACAGGAGUCAGACUCUGUCUUGGUGAAAUUGGCUUUGUACAAAUUGUAAAUAGAGGUAAUGCGGGGAGGGGGAAAAAAAAUAAGAAUAUUUGCAUUUAUUUAUGAAGGGAAUACAUUUUAAUAUAUCUUGUAUAGCGCUCUGUUGACCAGUUACAACCCAAAUGUGAGAGGUUUUCUUUUUCUAAUCGGGAGACGGAGGGAUGCCAGGCGAGUUUCGAGAGGUUACUGCUUCAGGCAGGUGUUACUGCAGUGGGAGACCUUUAUAUUUUGUGCGUUACGACAUUUCACACCACGUCCAUCAUUUCCGUCACAUCAGGCAUUCGUCAAUGUAAAUGUAGCUGAUGAAAUCUGUACUUGUUUUUUUUGGUUGAUAUGAAGAAAGGGGAAAAAAGAAGCCAUUUUGUCCUCGCUGGAGCUCGGAGGAAACUAAAGUCAUCCUCUGCAGCCGGAAGGAACGAGGCAAAGCAACUGUGGUAAAAACUAUUUCAAAAAAAAAAAAACAUGUUGUGUUUAUGUUUUUUGUUACAGGAGCAUUAAAACCAGAUGCUUUCUCGACAGACUGUCACAUUUUGAAUCAGAGAUAGCCGAUGCUACGCGUGGGGGAGCUCAAGUCAGUUACUAAAAGCAGGAG